CUGGAGCUUGAAGGUAUUCUCCGAAAACACAGUGAUGUUUUCAAGCAGGAGUUGGGCAGCAUGAAGGAAAUCAAGGUGAAAUUGACUGUAGAGCCGGGAAGCCAGACAAAAUUUUUAAAAGCCCGGCCCCUUCCAUAUGCGCUAAAACCCAUGGUAGAGGCAAGCUUAGCUGAACUCAUGAAGGAGGGGGUGCUGGAACCAGUCAGUGUGAGUAAGUGGGCAACACCCAUUGUUCCAGUUUUAAAAAAAGAUGGAGGCAUAAGGAUCUGUGGGGAUUUUAAAGUCACUGUGAAUCCAGUGUUGUCAGCAGAACAAUACCCCUUGCCUCACAUUAAUGAUAUUUUUGCUGGACUGACAGGAGGGCAAAAAUUCAGUAAAAUCGACCUCAAUCAAGCAUACCUGCAGAUGCAUGUUGAGGAACAGUCCAGAGAACUUCUCACCAUCAACACCCACAAAGGCCUAUUUCGGUUUAAGCGGUUACCAUUUGGAAUUACUUCAGCUCCAUCCGUUUUUCAGCGAGCGAUGGAUCAGAUUCUGUCGGGCCUUCCAGGAGUGGUGUGUUACUUAGACGACAUUCUAGUGACUGGCACUGAUGAAGAGUCGCACUUACAACAUCUUGAUGCUUCCCUUGAGAGACUGAAAGAAUAUGGAUUGAGAGUGCGCAAGGAUAAAUGUGAAUUUUUCCAGUUUGCAGUUGAGUACUUAGGCCAUGUCAUUGAUGCCUCUGGUUUGCAUACAUCUCCAUCCAAGGUUAAGGCCAUUGUGGAUGCUCCAGUGCCCGAAAAUGUAGGCUAGCUGAGGUCUUUCCUCGGUUUACUAAAUUAUUAUGGGCGUUUCAUUCCAAACAUCGCUACGCUGCUGAAACCUCUGCACAAGUUGUUGUGUCAUGAGAAAAAUUGGAGGUGGACCUCUGAAUGCCAGGAGGCAUUCAAAAGAGCAAAGGAGACACUUUUAAGGUCAAAUGCCCUCACUUAUUUUGACCCUGCUCUUCCCAUCCAACUGGCCUGCGACGCUUCUCCAUAUGGUGUGGGAGCUGCCUUGUCCCACAUCAUGCCAAAUGGUCAAGAGAGGCCGAUCGCAUUUGCUUCCAGGAGUCUGAGUAAAGCAGAAGCGAACUAUGCUCAGAUCGAGCGAGAAGCGUUGAGCAUUGUGUUUGGAGUUCGCAAGUUUUACCAGUACAUUUUUGGAAGGAAGUUCACGUUGCUGACCGAUCAUCGCCCACUCACUACAAUUUUUGGCCCACACCAUGGCAUUCCGUUUCUUGCUGCUAGUAGGAUGCAAAGAUGGGCUUUGUUGUUAUCCGCUCACACCUAUGACAUCAAAUAUCGGAAGGCGGAAUUGCAUGGAAAUGCGGACGGUCUGUCUAGAUUGCCUCUCGCUGACAGAAUAAAGGAGGCACAAGUUGCAGAAAUUUUCUACUUCAGCCAGGUGGAAAGGGCCCCAGUAACAGCUGUGCAAGUACGAAAGAGCACACGCAAUGACCCUGUCCUGUCCAAGGUCAUGGAUAUCGUCAUGACAGGAAAAGGAGAGAGCGAUGACCUGGAGUUAAAACCAUAUAUCUCUCGACGUCAUGAACUUUCAGUGCAGUCAGGCUGCUUGCUGUGGGGAAGGAGAGUGAUCAUUCCCCCGGCUCUGCGCAAGCAAGUGCUAAAGCAGCUGCAUGUGGGACACUGUGGAAUGGUCCGAAUGAAAGAAAUUGCCAGGAGUUACUUCUGGUGGCCAGGAGUGGACGGCCAAAUUGAGGAAAAGGCAAGAACAUGUACGUCAUGCCAGCGCAUACGAAAUGUACCCCAACUGGCUCCGCUGCACCCAUGGGAAUAUCCAGAGAAACCAUGGCAUCGCAUUCAUGUCGAUUUUGCAGGCCCAGUCGAGGACAAAAUGCUGCUGGUUGUCGUGGAUGCACACAGUAAGUGGCCUGAAGUGGCUAUCAUGAAAUCUACCUCAGCUCAAAAGACAAUUGAGAAACUGGGAGAAAUUUUCAGUAGAUUUGAACCUUCAGUGCAGCUUGUCUCAGAUAAUGGGCCCCAAUUUACAUCUCACGAGAUGGCUACAUUUCUACAAGCAAACGGGGUGCAGCAUAUCACGUCAUCACCUUACCAUCCUGCAACAAAUGGGUUAGCAGAGAGGUUUGUCCAAACCAUGAAACAUGCGUUGAAAGCUUCACUCGGGUGGGGAACAUUUCAUCAACGCCUGCAUAGCUUCUUGCUGUGCUACCGCAGUACUCCGCACGCAACUACCAAAGUGUCACCAGCGUCUUUGUUGCAAAAUAGAGAGCUUAGGACAAGCUUUGAGCUGCUUAAACCAGCAACACUCAAAGAAACUGUCUUACGACAGCAAAGGAAUCAGAAGGAAGAAACUCAUACAGGCAUCGUACAAGUGGAGGUGAGGAAAUGUUGA